AUGGUGGAAUAUACAUUCGAAGACCUCAAGAAACAGAAUAUUGAUAUCUAUGCGGCAAUAGGUACCAACAACCUUGCUAGUGAUGCCCAGAUCAGAAAGUGUUACAGACUACAAGCGUUGAAGUAUCAUCCAGAUAAGAAUCCGUCUGCCAGCGCUCUUCAGAAUUUCCACAGGAUCACAGAUUACUACAAAUUUUUAACAAACAAUAAAGAGCAAAGGGCAAAAUAUGAUGAAUGGCUAGCUCACAAGGACAAAGUAAGGUCCACCGAUUAUGAGGACCAGAAGCGCCGAGAGCUAGAGUUGCUUGAAAAACGCUGGAUGGAAGAGGAACGACAUGAGAAGCAAAAUAAGCAGUUGAUUGAGAGAUUGAGGGAUGAGGGAAUGAGACAAAGGUUGAUUAUGGAAGAAGAAAGGUUUUAUAAGAGCCAUCACGCCAGCGAAAUCCAAGAUGUAUUGAUCACUGAUGACCUACGAACCGUAGAAGUGAAGUGGAAAUUGAAAGAAUCGAUCAAGGACAUGUUUAACGAAGCAGUGUUGACACAUCUAAUGGAAGUUUUUGGUCCUGUAAAACUGUGCCAGAUCAUCAAGGGUGAUGAAAAAUACGGAUAUGGAUCGGUCAUAUUCGACUCAGUUAUAUCAGUAAUGAAAAUCAGUGAAUUGGGUGAUCUUGAAAAAAGAGGUUUACGAGUGUGGGAAAAUAGCGGAUAUCGUACUCUUGGAAAGCUCAUUAAAAGUGUUCGAUGGAAGUAUCAGGAUGGAAAUAAUAGUGACUUGAGGCCUAGUGAUGCGAUCCUUAAAAAAAUCAUGGAAAAGCGACGGAUCGAUUAUCAGGAUACCACGGCAAUUAGGGGGUUAGAGUUUGGUGACUACAAAGAGAUAACAUUGAUGAGGUUGAGCAAUGUUUUAUAA